AUGGCCGACCAUACACUGGAGAUCCCUGAGAUCAUUCAAACCGCCUCAAUUCAGUCCCAUCCCUCCGCUGCUCAUGACAUCAACCCGUCCACUGCGGCCUCCGAGAAACGCCCCGUGGUUGCUGCUCCAGCUUCGGACGCCGGCAGCUUGUCCUCGGAUAUCGUCGAUGAGAGCCGGGUAAUUCGGCCCUUGCGCCGGCAUCAGACACUCCCUCCACUCCCCGACCUUCGCUUCGAACAAAGUUAUCUAGCUAGUCUGAAGGAUGCGGAUACCUGGGGACGGGUGGCAUGGAUCACCAUAAGGGACCAAGUCCUCCUCCCACUUAUUCAAGGCACAGUCUGGACACUUGCACUUUCUGGUUGGAAGUUCUGGAACCGCAGUGCCUCCCUUGGUGGACAAACGCUGGGCAGCAAAGUUCGUCGUUGGUGGUACGAGGUCAAUAACUGGAAGCUUCCACCCAAGUGGACUAAGAGCCCGAAGUUGGCAUCGCAAGUUGAAGAAUUCUAUGAAGCCCAGUUUUCUAACGCUGGGUCGGAUUGA